AACUACUACGAGCGACGAUGGUACCUCUUCUGGCGCCUCUCCCACCGCCGAGUCCUCCUCCCUUGCUCGGCUUGCGGCGAGGUACUAGCCGAGCCCUCGCUUCUUGAUCUACACCAAGCGGCGAACCACUCGCUUUCGCGAGCUCCGCGACGGCGACUCCGGCAGGAACAAUGCGUCCGAAUCAUCUUCAGGCACCGGCUGGAGAGGAGCCGACCCAUCCGGCCAUCCACAGCAUCCUCAAGAUCCACGAACACGGAGAAAACGCUGGCGCGGUUCGAGGAGUACAGAGAGCAGUCGUCCCGCUCGAGGGCGCGAGCGAAACUCCGCGACGAGCGCUGCAUCGCCGACGGGAACGAGCGGCUGAGGUUUUACUGCUCCACGAUCCUCUGCGCGCUGGGACCGGCGCGUGGAGCGUGCGGGAGCUCCUACUGGGCAACGUGCGCCAUCGUGAGGCACGGGUUUGGGGGAAGCAGGGCGACUUGGACGGCAUCGCUACGCACGACGCGACCGGGUGGGGGCGCACGUGUCUCUGCCGAGGAGCUGGAGACGGAGUUCGCUUUCCUGCACGUGAGGAGGGCGGUGCUCGUGUGCCGGGUGGGCGGAAAGGUGGCACGUGGAGGGGAGGAGAAGGAGGGGGCGGUGAAGUUCGACUCGGUGAGUAGCAUGGGACGAAGGGCAUCUUCCGCUCACGUGGAGGGGGAGGAGCUGCUGGUUUUUAAUCCGAGGGCUGUGCUUCCUUGCUUUGUUAUUAUUUACUCCGUGUGAUGCGCGUGCCAGCUGUGUGACUUGUUUGUUUGCUGACCAUCCCUGAUCCGUGCGUGUUGUGUGUAUAUUAAUAGUACGUGAAAUAAAUUUAUUAAUUUUAUUUUC